AUGCCUGUAUUCAAAGAGAUCACAGACUAUAACGGAUUCAAUCACUUGGAGUCCAACCGGAUAUCCGAGUUGUUGAGCGCAUCCGAUGACAAUGAGAAAACAUUGUGUAUUCCCGUAGAAGUAAUAAAAAGGGAAAAGACAGACAUUUUUAAUAAAACCAAACCCAUUGUGGACCGACUGUUGGCUGUAUGGCAACGCGAUUCUGUUAUAAUGGAGCUGGUACAGCUUGAACAGCAACUAUACAUAUAUUUACUACAGAGUAAUCAAUAA